AUGAGGAGCCGCAGCAACUCGGGGGUGCGCCUGGACGGCUACGCCCGCUUGGUGCAGCGAACCAUCCUCUGCCACCAGAAUCCAGUGACAGGGCUGCUUUCAGCCAGUACUGACCAUAAGGACGCGUGGGUACGGGACAAUGUCUACAGCAUCCUUGCCGUGUGGGGGCUGGGGAUGGCUUAUCGGAAGAACGCAGACCGGGAUGAGGAUAAGGCCAAAGCCUAUGAGCUUGAGCAGAACGUGGUGAAGCUGAUGCGAGGCCUCUUGCAGUGCAUGAUGAGACAGGUGGAUAAGGUGGAGAAGUUCAAGCACACACAGAGCACCAAGGACUGCCUACAUGCCAAGUAUAACUCUGCCACUUGUGCCACAGUGGUUGGGGAUGACCAGUGGGGGCAUCUACAAGUGGAUGCUACUUCCCUUUACCUGCUCUUCUUGGCACAGAUGACAGCAUCAGGGUUAAGGAUUAUCUUCACCCUCGACGAAGUUACCUUUAUUCAGAACCUUGUUUUUUACAUAGAAGCUGCCUACAAAGUUGCUGAUUAUGGAAUUUGGGAACGUGGUGAUAAGACAAACCAGGGCAUCCCUGAACUGAACGCCAGCUCCGUAGGGAUGGCCAAAGCUGCUUUGGAAGCAAUUGAUGAACUAGAUCUGUUUGGAGCUCAUGGGGGACACAAAUCAGUGAUUCAUGUUCUUCCUGAUGAAGUAGAACAUUGUCAGUCUAUUCUGUACUCCAUGUUGCCAAGGGCAUCCACCUCAAAGGAGAUAGAUGCUGGACUUCUCUCCAUUAUCUCUUACCCAGCUUUUGCAGUGGAGGAUCUAAACCUUGUUAAUGUAACCAAGAGUGAAAUCAUAUCCAAAUUGCAGGGCCGCUACGGCUGCUGUCGCUUCCUCAGAGAUGGCUACAAGACACCCAGAGAGGAUCCAAGCAGGCUGCACUAUGACCCUGCUGAGCUGAAGCUCUUUGAGAACAUUGAGUGUGAGUGGCCAGUGUUCUGGACAUACUUUCUAAUUGAUGGAGUAUUUAAUGAGGACAGAAUUCAGAUCCAGGAGUAUAGAGAGGCUCUGGAAGGAAUAUUGAUUAGAGAGAAGAAUGGAAUAGUGCUGAUGCCUGAGCUGUAUGCAGUCCCUGCAGAAAAGGUAGAUGAGGAGUAUGAAAAUCCUCACUCUGUGGACCGUGUCCCAGUGGGAAAGUUGCCUCACCUUUGGGGCCAGUCAUUGUAUGUCCUUAGCUGCCUGUUAGCAGAGGGAUUUCUUGCUGCAGGUGAAAUUGAUCCCUUAAACAGGAGAUUUUCCACUGGAUUUAAACCUGAUGUUGUGGUACAAGUAACUGUCUUGGCAGAAUCCAAUCAAAUCAAGAGUCUCUUGCAAGACCAUGGCAUCAGUGUUCAGAGCAUUGCUGAUAUCUAUCCACUCAGAGUGCAGCCAGCUCGCAUCCUCAGUAACCUCUACACCAUGCUGGGCCGGAAUAGGAAGAUGAAGCUAAGUGGGAGGCCACACAGACACAUUGGAGUGUUGGGCACCUCCAAGCUGUACGUGAUAAGAAAUCAAAUAUUUGCUUUUACCCCUCAGUUUACUGAUCAGCAUCACUUCUACCUGGCUCUAGACAAUCAGAUGAUUGUGGAGAUGCUCAAGACAGAGCUGGCUUACCUCACUUCUUGUUGGAGGAUGACAGGGAGACCAACCCUGACAUUUCCCAUCACCCACACAAUGCUUGUUAACGAUGGCACUGACAUUCAUCCAGCUGUCCUUGCCACCAUAAGAAAAUUGGAGGAUGGUUAUUUUGGAGGUGCAAGGGUGAAGAUAGGCAAGCUAUCAGAGUUUCUUACCACCUCUUUUCAUACCUAUCUGAGCUUCCUGGAUCCAGACUGUGGUGUAAAACUGUUUGAUGACCCUGAUGAAGGCCGUAGCAGUCCUGACAGUGAAGAUGGAGGUUACUCAGCAGAUUUCUGUGAAAGAGAAAGCCAGGAUGAGCUGGAUCAGUACAUAAACGAUAUCCUGCAGAGCACAGCACUGAAGUCAUACCUACCUCCAACUUCAAAGACUGCCAAUCAACCUCCUGUGUUCAGUGCAAACCAUUCCACAGAGGAGAUACUGUCACUAAUGGCCAGAACAAAGGGCUUGGAGGUGCCAGCUGUGUCUAUGUCCCUUCCCACUAAAGUUCUGAACACACACCGGAAGUCUCUGAACCUCGUGGACAAUCCUCAUUUCUUUGAAACAAAGGAUCAUGGAAAUGUUUUGCACUUACCUAAAGAUGCUCGUGGGGAGUUGGAUUGCAGGAAGCUUGUUGAGCAGCUGAAGGAAUGUCCAACACUCCAUGAUCAAGCAGAUAUCUUAUACAUCUUGCAUAUACUGAAGGGUGCUGAGUGGGACACAGAGCUGGAUGGCCAGUCUGGGGUCACUGUUCACAGCCUGCUCAAUGAGCUCUACAGGAAGGCAGGCCUCAACCAAGAGUGGGGCUUGAUCCGUUACAUUUCUGGUAUCCUCAAAAAGAGAGUGGAAGUCCUGGCUGAGGCGUGUACAGACCUCCUGUCCCACCACAAGCAGCUUACAGUGGGCCUGCCACCAGAACCUCGUGAGAAGGUGAUUACAGCCCCACUGCCACCUGAGGAGCUUGUAGAUCUCAUCUAUGAAGCCAGUGGCCAAGACAUCAGCAUUGCAGUGCUGACACAGGAGAUCAUUCUGUACUUGGCCAUGUACGUCCGGUCCCAGCCCAGCCUCUUUGUGGAGAUGCUGAGGCUCCGCAUUGGUUUGAUCAUCCAGGUGAUGGCCACAGAGCUGGCUCGGAGUCUGAAGUGCUCAGGUGAGGAGGCUUCAGAGAGUUUGAUGAACCUAAGCCCCUUUGACAUGAAAAAUCUCCUACACCAUAUUCUCAGUGGAAAAGAGUUUGGAGUGGAGAGAAGCUUGCGACCUGGAGAUUCCUCUUCAUCUAGCCCUGCAAUUUCUAUUCAUGAAAUGGGGCAUUCUGGAGCCACCAAGACAGAAAGGAGUGGCAUUACUAAACUGAAGAGUGAGAUAAAACAGCUCUUUCAUGAGGGCCACUCCAUGUCCAGCAGCAUGUUCACUGCCCUGAGGAGCAGUACUCCAUCAUCUCCCACCAGCACUUCUCCCACUGGCUCCAGUGCACAGAGCAGCUGGGGUGACCGAAAAGGGCAGUGGCUCCGCAGGAGGAGGCUUGAUGGUGCUAUUAACAGAGUUCCUGUUGGCUUCUAUGAGAAGGUGUGGAAGAUCCUUCAGAAGUGCCAUGGGCUGUCCAUUGAUGGCUACGUCCUUCCUUCUUCAACCACCAGAGAGAUGACCCCCUGUGAAAUCAAGUUUGCUGUGCACGUGGAGUCGGUGCUGAACCACGUCCCCCAGCCGGAGUACAGGCAGCUGCUGGUGGAAGCUCUCCUGGUGCUCACCUUCCUCUCUGAUGUGGAGGUGAGCACCAUUGGGGGCAUCAUUCACGUGGACAGGAUUGUGCACAUGGCCAAUGACCUCUUCCUGCAGGAGCUGAAAUCCUUUGGAGCUACAGGCAGGAUCUUGGAGAAGGAUGUGGCCACAGGAAUUUGCCACUUCUUUUAUGACAGUGCUCCAAGCGGGGCCUAUGGCACCAUGACAUACCUGACAAAAGCCAUCAUUAUUUAUUUGCACGACUUCCUGCCUAGCACAGGCUGUGCCAUGCAGUGA